AUGGGCCGUCUCCACUCCAAGGGCAAGGGUAUCUCCGCUUCGGCUCUCCCGUACCGUCGCUCGCAGCCGUCGUGGUCCAAGGCGACCCCCGACGAGGUUCAGGACCAGAUCUUCAAGCUCGCUCGCCGCGGUCUUUCGCCCUCGCAGAUUGGCGUUGUCCUCCGUGACUCGCACGGCAUUGCGCAGGUCAAGUCGGUCACCGGCAACAAGGUGCUCCGCAUCCUGAAGGCCAACGGCCUCGCCCCCUCGAUCCCCGAGGACCUUUACCACCUUGUCAAGAAGGCCGUCUCGGUCCGCAAGCACCUCGAGCGCAACCGUGCCGACAAGGACGCCAAGUUCCGCAUGGUCCUCAUCGAGUCGCGUAUCCACCGCCUUGCCCGCUACUACAUCAAGAAGCAGGCGCUUCCUCCUACCUUCAAGUACGAGGCCGCCACCGCGUCGACUCUUGUCGCCUAA